UCUUGACCAAAAGUAUAAUCUCCUUUAGUGAGUCACUACCGUUACCUGUGCUACAAGAGACCAAGUCUCAAACCCAACCAACACAACACAGCACAACACAUAACCCCUUAGCAGUAAAGACGAAAGUACCCUAACCUAUGUCACCAAUAUAAAUAAACCCACUCGAUCGCAUGUCAAACACCCAAUAUAUACUCAAAACUGUUAGAAAACUCCAAUUACAGCUUGAUAUAACUAAAAGACAUGGGGGGUUCAAGAAAAGCCUCUUCAGACAUCACUGCUUGGUGUUCUGCUGUUGUGUUGCUGUCUUUAAUACUUUUGUUAUCUGUUCGAGAGAAUAACGCUUCUAAUGAUUCGGUCAGAGGGUUUCAGUUCUCAGAUAAACCUUGUGAAGAAAUCUACAUCGUCGGAGAAGGAGAAACGCUUCACACCAUCGGAGAUAAAUGCGGCGACCCGUUUAUAGUUGAGCGAAACCCGCAUAUACAUGACCCGGAUGAUGUCUUUCCCGGUCUUGUUCUCAGGAUCGCACCUUUUUACUUCUCUAGAAAAGUUUAAUAUAUAUACAAAAACGUUUUUGCUUCUUUUAAUUUUGUUUGAACCAUACUUUUUUCCUUUUGUAAGUAUGUGUGUAUUUAUGUAAAUAUUAAAGAAAUUUUAUAACAUAUACAGAUAUUUGAACGAAA